AAGCAAAAGUGAAGGUCUUUCUCAUACACAGAUCCCUAUGGAAUGAAGGAUACCUAGCAUUGUUUGCUGGAAUACAUUCUUUUUGUUUAGUUUAAAGGAACUUGCUUUGUUCCCUUUAGAUAAUACUAUAAGUUUCUAAUGAGACACUCUUAUAUACUUACACACACACACAAAACCAACGAGAGUUUAUAGAUACACAUUCAUGCUUAGUUUAGACUUUAGUUUUAGCCAAGUCAUUUUUUUGCAACCAAGACAAAAAACAUUUAGCUAAAAAAAUAUAUGAUAAAUAAAAUAAAAUUUGUACUAUUUAUAUAAAUGGAGAUGGUUGUGGAUAUGAUAUGGUAUGAUUAGUAUACUUGUUUCCCAAUGAUUGAGUUGUUUUGUUUCAAGAAACAUUUCAUUGGAAUUUCUGUUAUUUUGUGAUUUUGUGAGAGAGAAACAAAAUAUGAAGAGAAUGGAAAAUGAUGAUGAUGGUGUUGACAUUAACAAUGAAAAUAAUAAUUGGUUGGGUUUUUCACUCUCUCCUCAAAUGAAUAUUGGUGUUUCUUCACACACUCAUCAGUCAAAUGCUUCUUCUUCUGCUGCUUCUGAAGUUGUUCCAACAAGUUUUUACCAUUCUGGUUCUCUUAGUAACUAUGGUUUUUCUUAUGGACUUGAAGCUGAAAAUGUUGGGCUGUAUUCGGUAUUUCCUAUUAUGCCCCUCAAAUCUGAUGGAUCUCUUUAUGGUAUGGAACCUCUUAGCAGGUCACAAACACAAGUAAUGGCUACUAAUUCAGCACCAAAACUGGAGAAUUUCUUAGAUAGUGAAGCUAUGGGGACCCCUCAUUAUGCAUGUAGUAGCGUCAUCACAGAAACAAUGCCUUUAAGCUUAGAUAGUAUGUUCCAAAAUCAAGUUCAACACAUGAAUAACCAACAACAACAAUUUCAUAACCAAAACUUGUCAUCAUAUUACUCAACUUUGAGAAACAAUGAUUUGUUGUUAGAAGGGUCAAAGCAAAGUCAAACAUCAAGUGAAAGUCACCAUGUUUCAAACAUGGUUGAGGAUAAUGGACUAACAAGCCUCAAGAGCUGGGUUUUGAGGAAUUUUCCAACUAGCCAUACAAAUGAGUCAAAGAUGAUUGUUCCUGUCGUGGAGGAAAAUGAUCAAGGUGAAUGCGGUUCCAUUGGAUCAAUGGCUUAUGGUGAUUUGCAUUCUUUGAGCUUGUCAAUGAGUCCUAGCUCACAGUCUAGCUGUGUUACAAGCUCACAGCGUAUGUCAUCACCUGCUGUUAUUGAUAAUUCUGCUGUUGUUGAUACAAAGAAAAGAGGACAUGAAAAGUUUGAACAGAAGCAAAUUGUUCAUAGGAAAUCUAUUGAUACUUUUGGACAAAGAACUUCACAAUAUAGAGGUGUAACAAGACAUAGGUGGACUGGAAGAUAUGAAGCUCAUCUAUGGGACAACAGUUGCAAGAAAGAAGGGCAAAGCAGAAAAGGAAGACAAGUUUAUCUUGGGGGUUAUGAUAUGGAAGAAAAAGCUGCGAGAGCUUAUGAUCAGGCAGCACUCAAGUAUUGGGGACCAUCCACUCACAUAAAUUUCCCUUUGGAAAAUUAUCAAAAUCAACUUGAGGAAAUGAAGAAUAUGACCAGACAGGAAUAUGUUGCUCAUUUAAGAAGAAAAAGCAGUGGAUUCUCAAGAGGAGCUUCCAUGUACAGAGGAGUAACAAGACACCACCAACAUGGUAGAUGGCAAGCUCGAAUCGGUAGGGUGGCUGGUAACAAAGAUUUAUAUCUAGGAACAUUCAGUACACAAGAGGAAGCAGCUGAAGCCUAUGACAUUGCUGCUAUAAAAUUCAGAGGAGCAAAUGCAGUUACAAACUUUGACAUAACAAAAUAUGAUGUUGAAAAAAUCAUGUCAAGUAGUAACCUUCUAAGCAUUGAACUAGCUAGAAAGAACAAAGAAGUAGAUAUUGGCACAACUCAAUACAUUGAUCACAACAAGUCUCAUUCUUCUUCAUAUGACAACACUCAAGAAACCAUUUUAAUGCAGAAGAACAUGGUUCUGUAUCAAUCCUCCUCCCAACAACAACAUGAACAGAAUCCACCAAGAACUGAGACUGAAAAAACCCAUCAAUCUUUUUCCACAGUUUCUUUGGAUAACAUGUUUCAUCAAGAAGUAGUAGUAGAGGAACCGAGUAAGACGAGAAAUCGCGUGUCGAAUCCUUCUUCAUUGGCUACAAGUUUGAACAGUUCAAGAGAAGGUAGUCCUGAUAGAACAAGCUUGCAGAAUCUCUCUGAAUCAAUGCCUUCAAAACUAUUGGUUUCUGCUCCAAAUAGUAGCAAUGUGAAUUCUUGGGAUCCUUCAACUCAUCUUAGGCCUGCUCUUUCUAAUUUGCCUCAGAUUCCAGUUUUUGCUGCUUGGACAGAUGCAUAGUCCAUUUUCUUUCUUUGUUUCUCUCACACACUCUCAAGUAAAAUUUCAUUUUUUGAUUUUUACUUUUUGCAUGGAGGAACAAUAUGAAAGAAAGGGUGAUGGGAGUUAGUAGAAUCAAAUGAGGGUUUAAUUAAAUAUUCUCAAGUUUAAACUUUUUUUAAUACAAAAAAAGUUUAGAUAAGUUAGAUUUUAAUCAAUCACCAGUGUCAAAGCAUACUUCUAAGAUCGAAAUUCCACUUUAAACUUUAAAUAGUUAUAUUUUAAUA